ACAGACCUGCAAAAAGACGGUGGAGUGUGUCUACUGUCACAAAAUCGCGACGGUGUCCUCCACCAUCAUGGAAAGAGACCAAAAGGGCAAAGUCCAGCUUUACUGUUCGUCUUCAUGUGUUGAGCUGAGUCGACCCCCCCAACACAUUCUCACUGGUGCUGCGUUCCCCUGCUGCGAGUGCAACGUGUCGGCUGUUCCUCAGUAUCACCUGGCCAUGGUGGACGGAACCAUCCGCAACUUCUGCUCCUACGACUGCGUUUCUAUCUAUAGGAAGUCCGGUAACACCUCUCAGCCAGACCUGACCAAUGGAACCCCCGCUCUCAGGGACCCCAAAGCAGGACCCUCUGCCGGGGCCAGCUCAGUCCCUCCCCUCCCUCAGGACCACCCGUCUUCUGUAGCCUUCCCGGGCCACCAUCCCAGUCAUACCUCAGUGCCCCCGCUCGAGCCUCCCUCCCAGGUCCCCGCCAAAACGCCUGCUGUUCAGCCUAUGAAACCAGCAGAAGGGGGGCCCAAGGAAAUAUCCAAGUUGACCUGCCAUCAGUGCAGCAAAGAGUUCAGCAUAAAGCCGCUGCUGUUCAGUCACCAGGUAAGGAGCCCAGAUCACAUAUUAUGACUGCUGCUGAGUUGUCCAAAAAACAGAUCAAAAUGUCUUUUCCUGACAAUUUCUCUUUAACCUUCGAGAAAAUCGUCAAGGGUUUGAAGCAAAAUGUGAAGGAGAAAUUAUUAGGACUGAGGUAGAAUCAAUGUGCCUCAGCGAAAACCUCUAAAACUACAAAAUUCAGUAGAUGAACAACUAAAAGUGCAUCUCGAUACUUUUUUGUUUGAUGUGUGCUU